CUCCGCAGCGAGGGGUGGUGAUAUCUAAGGUGCUAUGGCCACCCCCUGACUGGCUGACGGUCGCAGUUAGCGCGCUGUCACGACGGAGCACAUUCUGAGCUUAGGGCUCAGAUUUUAUUUUUGGACUGCCAUGGAGACUGGCCCUUCCAUUUGUAGGAAGGGGGUAUAGUUGCGCUCAACAUGAGCCUUCCGCUCUGACACUCCGGGCUGGGACAAGCAGGCAGCAGCCGGCAGACCCCCAAGCAGCAGUCACACAGGGGACUCCCCUGUCCGGGCGUGUUUGUCAACUGUAGUAAGCAUUACCUGCGUCUUGGGACUUGUCUGAAGUUGGUACAGUUGAUCUGCCAACUUCUGUCUGUAGCAUCUGAACAGUAUGGGCUACACACUACUAUGUGUAAAGGGGGUUAAACUGCUCAUGGCUGCCAGUUAUAGCAAUGUCACUGAACCAGGCCUGCUGUCCCAGCAGUACCCUCCAGCUCUACUGCCCAAGCCUGGCAAGGAAAAUGUUAGACUCCAGAAACUACUCAAGAAAACAGAGAAAAAAAUCAAGAAAAAAGCUUCCCCUGAAACGGCAAAGACACCGGUCCCUUUCCGCUCAAACCUCUCCCCUGUGAAUGAAGCAAGCCCUGACUUGGAACACAGUGAUCACUCAACCCCUCCUAAAACCCCAGAGGCACCCUUCUACACACAGCACCCCAGAUUCGCUGUCAGGCCAGCCUAUCGGCAUGUGCCAUCCCCUUACCCGCAACAACAAGGAGCCACUUUUGGAGGUACAACAAGGUUCUCCCCAAAGCCAUAUGCUGCUCCAGGACCCACCUUCCCCCAGCAUGUGGCCCCACUCUACACAUUUACUCCAACAACCCCAUCACCCAUUCCAGGGCCAGUCUCACAUGCAGUGGCACCCACAACGCCUGUGCCAACUUCCUCUGUGCCUGAAGUGACAAUCACAACUGCUGCUCAAAUUGCACCUCCAGUCCCUGCUCCAGUUGCUCUUGUCACAGUCACUUCUGCUGCCACACAACCUACUCUGCGACUAGCCCCAGUAGUAAUACACCGCAAAAGUCCAAGUCCACGGUUUAAAGCUACCGAAGCUACACUAAAAGCACCCAAACCGAUGUUUGAUGUGCGUCAAAUUCGGGUAUAUACUGCAUCUAAGUCCCCCCUGCAUGAUUACACUGGAAAGACAUUUACUGCAGACACAUUACCUCGGAGUAGAACACCCACACCAGACAUCAGAAGGGUAAUAACACCAACAGCUGAAAUCAGAAGGAGUGCAACACCGGCAUCUGAAGUGAAAAGCAAUUUAACUUUGACAUCAGAAAUCAAAAGAGUUGCAACGUCUAAAAUGAAUCAAGGUACAACGCCGACAUCGGAAAUCAAAAGAAUUUUAACACCGACACCUGAAAUCCAAAGGAGUGCAACACCUACAUCUGAAGUGAAAAGAGCUAAAACACCAACUCAAGACUUUUUAACACCAAGAACUAAUUUAGGUCGACCUAAGACACCCUCAUAUCGUGUGUCCCGUGCCAAAACACCUGUUUUUGAAAUAUCAAGACCCAACCCACUUUUAUUUGCUGUCUCACCCAUUACUAUAGAUGCACAUAGAUCUAAAACACCAACACCUGGUUCUAAUUCUGCCAAUCCAUCUUUGUCUGGUUCUCAAAAUCUGCCAAUGUCUGAGCCUUCAACAUCACCAUCAACUAGUCAGGGUGCAAGACCUCCAAAUGGGGAAGUGACACCAAAACAGACUCCUACACCUAAAUCACCUCCUGAAAACACUUUAAAACCAGAGGCUCAUCGACAAAAAGCUCUAAUAGGUGAGUCUACCAGGCCAAAGACCUCUACAGCUUCAUUAGACUAUCAAAGACCAAAGACCCCAACAAAUGUCACACCAACUCCUACAGAACCCUCAUAUCAAAGACCCAAGACUCUAACCAAAGAAACACUAAAGCCUACAGCACCCUCAUAUGGGUACCAAAGACCCAAUACUCCAACAAUUAUCACACUAAAGCCUACUGCACCCUCCUAUCAAAGACCCAAGACUCCAACAAAAAAAACACUAGAGCCUACAGAACCCUCAUAUGGGUACCAAAGACCCAAGACUCCAACCAAAGACACAUCAAAAUCUACAGCACCCUCAGAUGGGUAUCAAAGGCCCAAGACUCCAACCAAUGAGACACCAAAGCCUACUGCACCAUCAUAUGGAUAUCAAAUUCCCAAGACACCCUCGAAUGAAGAGCCUAAACCAAUGACUCCAACAAUCGGGUAUCAAAGGUCAACAACACCUGUAGUUGGGUAUCAAAGACCACAACCACCAGCAGGUUAUCAAAGACCAAAGACUCCCACAGCUGGGGUAUCAUCCAUUGGAUUUCAAAGGCCCAAUACACCAACAUAUGUGGCCCCUAAAUCAACCCAUACAUAUUAUGGGUUGACUCCUGCUGCAUAUGUUGCCCAUGGUGGAAUCCAAUGUGUCUCACCUUCAUUCGGCAUAUCCAGGUCUAAGACACAUGCUCUAGAGGAAUCUAAAACCACAACGCAAGGGUUGGAAGCAUCUAACAUACCUACCCAAGAGUUACUUGUAAAAACACAUCCUUUGCCCAUGGUGUCCAACCAGGAAGCAUCCUCCAAGGAAAAAAUCCCUUUAAAUGAGGCCAUAAUAUCCAUGACUCCAGCAGAUAAGCUUCUGCCUCCAAUCAUUGUUGUUACACAAGCUGAAGAUGUCUCAGAACCAAGCGUAUCCACAGCUGUAACCAGCAAAAUGGCAACUCCUGUUUCAGAAACACCAAAGGUUAAAACUGUGGCCAACACAAGACCAUGGGCUAAAUCUCCAACACCCGAGGCUAAGAAACCAGAGGUUAAAACCCCAACUUAUGGAGUCAUCCCAAAACCCAAGACACCCACCACAGAAACCCAACACCCUGUGCCUUCUGCUGAAAACAAAGAUGCCAGCAAGACAAUACCUCCUGUCUCAAAAACAGAAUCUCCUGUGGCUAAAGCCAGGGUACAACAAGAAGAGUUAAAGGAAUCACCAGAGCAUAAAAUGCCCACCAAAGGAAUCUCUGAGUCUAAACCAGCAGGGACAAAGCCGACUACUUCUUCUCCACUUGGAAAGACCUCAGCUCCUGGGAAGCCUUUGGUGGCUGUUCAGUCUCCGGCUAAGCCAAAGGAUAACCAAGAAGCCCAACCUGAAAAGGUGGUGGCAGCUCCAACCACACCAUCAACAGAGAAGGAAGAGGGAAAAGACUCUUUCCCAGCUGCUGCACCCCUUCUUAAAGUGAUCCAAAAGCCAAAGGGCAUGAUGAAGUCUAAACUCAGUGGUUGGUCACGGCUCAAGAAGCAUAUGGUGGUGGAAGAAGAACCACCUACGUCCCCAGAAUCAAAUCCUAUGAAAGGCACCGCAAAGGGAACUGAGCAGGAGGGAGGUGAAGCGAAAACGGAUGAAACGGUGUCAUUUAAAGACAUGGUGGCAGCCGUAACAGCUGACGAUCCUCCCAAGGCAGCAAAGAAGUGGGAUUCUCUUCUCUUUGAUAUGUUCUCCUCUAAAGAGAAGAUUAUGCAGGUGAUUGAAGCUAGCAAAAGUGAGGAGGAGAAAAAAGAGCAGCCAAAGGAUGCACCAAAAGAAAUUCCAUCCUUUGCCCAUCGUCUGCCUGUCCUCCUUUUCAGCCCAAAGUUUGAUGCCAAAAGGCUAAGAGAGGCUGCAUCAAGGCCACUUACAAAAAUUUCGACAGUGUUUGAGAUGGGUCUCAUAGGGCGUAAAAAUAAAGAUGAGGAACCAAAAGACUUUAACAGAACAGCUAGAGGGUUCACCUGUCCUUAAACCAUGUCUCUUUGGACUGGUAAAAAUGAAACAGAAGAACAUUUUGAAAAAUUCUGUUAAAUGUUUUGUGUACAGGUGUAGACAUAGUAGUCAUAAUGUACAGGUCCUGUGUAAUAGUCUCUCUGCUUGACACAGGGUACAAUAUUUAAGACGGUCUCUCAGAGAAUGUGGUCUGAACUUCACAUCUGACUUCGUUACGGAUGUGUCUGAAUGUCUCCUCUGACAGUAUGAAAAUAUUACCUUGAAAAUCAGAGGAGAAGGAAAAAUAUAUUUUUGUCUUAAAGGAAUUCAGACAUCUCGUGAGAUUAAAAUGUACAAAGAUUAA